AUGGACACUCCUGGCUACCAUGAAUUUGCGGACAACAUUAAAACCCUUCUCACUUCGCCACCGCCAUUUCUUUAUAUCAGAGAUUCGAAUACGCCACGCAUCACAUCAUACGUGCUGAAUAGCAUCCUGGCAUCUGGGGAAAACCUGCGAUACGCACACGUCGAUGCCAUAGCGUGUUUUACACCUCGCCUCAUCUUCGACGGCGUUCUCAACGCGCUUGCAAGAUGGUCCCCUCGAUGGAGUGAUGGAUGCGCGAACUGGAGCAAAGAAGACGCGUCCGAUGAAGCUUACAACACUAGCUUGGGUAGUUUCAUGAGGGGUCUGAGGGACAUUCGAAGCGACGCCACCAGCACGGGCAAGGGUAAAGCCAAAGCUAUAGAGGAUGCACAGAUGGUCAUCUUGAUUGAAAACGCUGAUCGUUUGACCGCUAUGCCCAACCUUAUGGUCCCUUUAACUCGCUUGGCGGAGUUGUCUCAAUUGGACACUAGUCUUUCUGUGAUCUUCUUAUCUCGAGUGCGGUGGGAGGAUAUACGACCCCCUCUCGGGGCAUCUCCUGAUCCGUUCGUCGUCGAUGUACAACCUCUGACGAAAGACGAUGCCACUCAGUUCCUCGAAGCAAACUAUCUCCGCAUCUGCGCAGAGAAUCCAUGCGACGCGUACGACCCCUCGUUUCUGCCUUUGUACAAACAGUUCGUCUCGGCGGUCGUCAGCAUCAACUUUCCGUUCACGCACGAUCCGAACGAGCUGGCGUACGUGAUUGCUGCUCAGUGGCCGCACUUCAUUGGUGCUGCGCUCCGAGAGGCGUCAGAUGAGGACGCCCUCCCGGACGAGCCAACUCGGAUGCGCCUCCUUCGUUCUUUCACAGCGUCAAUGACAACUGCGUUUGAGUCUCUGUACCCUCGGGAGACACAUGCUGCCGAUUGGGUCGAAGGUCUUUCCACGGAUACAAACGCGUCUUCAUCGUCGCUGCCCCGAAUGCACAAAUAUAUACUGUUAGCGUCAUACAUCGCCUCGUCUAACCCUCCGAAGACGGAUCUACGGAUGUUCGGCAGGGGUCUAGAUGAGCGGGGUAAGAAGAAGAAAAGAAAGGGCGGGGGCGGAGCUAGGCAGGGAGCAGGCAAAGUCGCGAAGGUCCCACAACGCUUGAUUGGCCCAUCGUCGUUUCCGCUGGAUCGACUUGUGGCUAUCUUAGGCGCGCUUGUGGAAGAGAACGAAGAGUACCGCGUGGAAGUGCACGAGGGGAUGAGUAUCCCUGGCGAAUGGACGGAUAUGGAGGUCAGCCGGGUUGGUGUGCUCGGGACGAUCAGCGAAUUGACGAGGAUGCGGCUGUUACAGCGGACGACUGCUGUUGAUAAACUCGAUGGGCCGCCUGUGUUGAAGUGUGCGAUCUCGUACGAAACGGCCUUGGAAUAUGCUCGCGAGUUGGGGGUCCCUUUGGUCGAUCUCCUUUGGGAGACUGCUUGA